AUGUUAAAGAUGAUCAGCAUCCGAGGUUUUUAUAUUAGAGUUGAAUGGACUAAAGACGUAAAGGAGAAUAUUAUGAUGAAAGACCUGAUCUCCGAGCGUAAUAUUCUGAUGGCAGAGCAACAUAAUGAAGUUAUAAGAACAGCAGUAGUUCGUGAUCAAGUUGUACGGACUACACUUACCAGACAACUGGAGAAUUUUAAAGGUGAUCAUGUCCAAUUAUCGGCAAGAAAAAGGUGUAAUUCGAAUGAUUUUGAAGAAGGAUUCUCGACUCCACCAAAUAAAAUCAGAAUCUUCAAUAGAAUGUCCCCGAAUGAGAGCCCAUCCACAAUAAGAGAUUCAAAGAUAAUGUUGGAAACUUUUGAUGAAAAUUUUUACCAAGAGGCUGAAACAGAUUUUACAGAUGAAGAUUUGGCGAAUUCAGUGAUCGAUACCUCCAACACUUUCGGCAAAGUUGAAUUUCCGUCAUAUUAUAAUAAACUUAAAUCUAUAUGGAACAAUCAAGAUACUACGAAUUAUCAUAUUAUCGAUUUAGGGGAUAAAGAUACAUCGCAUAAGGUUCAUGACCUUUUAGAUGAGAAUGAGUUAAAAUCGUUAUUUAACAGGUUAGUGUUGGAUGAUGAGGAUAUGCACAUAAAUGAAAAGACACGUAGAUAUAUAGAGCUCUUUGAUUAUAUUAUGAAGGAAGAGAACGUGGAAGAUAUUUAUGAUGACGUAGUUGUGGACGAAGUAGCUCGCGGUGAUCUUGUAUGUGAGAAUAAUGAAGAGACGAAAAAUAUGGAAGGAGGUAACGAAAAGUUUAACGAAUCAAUUGCUAAAAUGGAGGAAAUAGUGCAUCAGCUGGAUUCUUUACCCGAAAAAUAUCACUAUCUAUCCAACACUUUUAUGUCAGCGCAAUAUUAUGACCAAUCUAAAAUGCCUGAUAUGUUUAUUGUUAAGAGCGUCUCUAGUCACCUUGAUACUAUCACAAAGAUGAAUGGUGCCAUGAAAAAUACCCCUGAACGUACAUGGACAGCUCACGUAUUAGCAUAUCUGUUUUUUGUUACAUUUUGUUUUAUCGACUCAUUACAUUAUUUUUCAUGUGAGCGAAGUAUUUCUACAAAAAUAGAUGUUCAAGAAAAUGGUUUUAAAGCUGAUGGUGUAUUAGAGUUUUUCGAGCGACCCAUGCAAAUUCCACUGUUUUUGCUCGAGGUAUCUGAAGGUCCCAAUAAUCCUGACCCAGAUAAAAUCAAUGAAGAUAGGCAGAAGUUGAUGAAUGAGGGUGUUUUUGUCAUCAAUAAGUUUAUGACAAGGACGGGACUGCCAACGUGGGAAGUAUGUAGUACAUUGAAGGUUUUCUUGGCUCAAGGAUUUGGUGAUAAUGUUGAAAUUGGUCAAAUGAUAUUUAAUGGACCUGGAUUGUACUUGUUCUCACCGUUUACGAUUCCAGCUCUCGUCAUCCCAACUUCUACUGAUAACUUAGAACUUGUACCUCGACUCAUUCGAACACUCUUAUGUUUACGAUAUAAUGUUCUUAAGGAGGUUAGGAUGUUUGAGAUGUUUGCAAAGGAAGGAAAGCGACGUAUCGCGAAAUCUAAAACUAAAUAUCCAACUGGAGUCACACCAGAACGACCAAAAGCUACCAGAGCAUGGUAA